GCCUUCAUCUUGUUUUCCAUGGCCAACGUAACAGAAACUAUCGUAUCUUCCCUUUCUCCCUACAUCAGGCCCGAAACCAUCACCGCCCUCCUUCACACAAAGCCCACAGACGCCGCCCUCGCAGCGCUCAGUGUCUUCAUCCUCCUUCGUCUCGCCCGCGCCGCGAAACGCCGCUUCACGGCGACCAAGCUGCGUGGCCCUCCUAGUGAGAACUGGUUCUUCGGUGUGGGUGAUGAGGUCCUGCGCGCCCCGGAUUCGAGCGCGCUCUACGAGGAGUGGGAGCAGGCGUAUGGUUCUGUGUACCAAAUCCCAUCCACACUGGGCACGCACCGUGUCGUCUUGUGCGAUCCGCGAGCGAUCUCGCAUUUCUAUGCGAAGGACACAACAACGUAUGUGAGGACGCCGGGAGCUUUGUUCAUGAUUGAGGAAUUGGCCGGACGAAAUCUGCUGUGGGCCCAAGGAGACGCACACAAGAGACAAAGGAAGGCUUUGACACCCGCCUUUAGCAACUCAGCGAUCCGCAAAUUGACAUCAGUAUUCACUGACUCGGGCUACAAGUGUGUGGAUGCGUGGAACAGCAUCAUAGAAAACAGCUCCGAAAACAAUGGCGCAGUCAUAGAGGUGCAAGGCUGGAUGAGCAAUGUCUCACUAGAUACAAUCGGCAUCGCUGGCUUCGCCCAUGACUUCGGGACUCUGCUUGGGAAACACUCGAGCGUCUCGGAGGGGUUCGACCGGAUGAACGUCGAAUCGCCGCCCCGCAACUACCGAUUUCUGUUGUCCCUCGUAAUCCCAUGGAUCGUGAAGUUUCCGAGUAAGCGCCGGGGCAUGGUUAAGAAGCUGAACUCGACGAUGGGUGAAGGCGCUGUGCCGGUGUUGCAGCGCACGAGGGAAGAGAAGGCUGCGGGAGCGAAAGGAGGAAGUGAGAGGUCGAUUAUUGAGCUGCUGAUCAAGUCAGAGGAUGAUAGCGCCGAGCUGCAUAUGUCCUCGCAAGAGGUCUUGGAUCAGAUGAAGUUGCUUAUAUUCGCUGGCUACGAGACAACAUCCAUCGCUCUCACUUGGGCCUUGAUCGAGUUGUCAAAGAACCAAAGUACUCAAACAAAGCUCCGAGAAGAACUAUCCCAGUUCACAAACUCCGACCCGACAUACGACCAGCUAACCAACUCGCUUCCCUACCUUGACGCCGUCGCACUCGAAGUGCUGCGCCUUCAUGGGCCCGUGUUCGAGACGACGCGAAUGGCUGGAGAAGACGAUAUCAUCCCCCUCUCCCAGCCUGUUACCGACGCCUCGGGCAAACUCGUCGACCACGUCACCGUCACCAAGGGCACGCUCGUCACAGUGCCCAUCACAUACGCGAACCGGUCCGUCAAGUUCUGGGGACCGAGGUCGCGCGAGUUUGUCCCUGAGCGGUGGCUCGACGGGUACGACAGCCAUGGGAACUUGGCCAAGGGCGCGUCGAAAGAUCUGUCAGGACACAGGCACCUGCUGACGUUCGCGGAUGGGUCGAGGAUGUGCUUGGGCAAGGCGUUUGCUGUUGCUGAGUUCAAGGCGGUCCUGUCUGUCCUGGUCAGAAACUUUGCAUUUGAACUCAGGGAUGGGCCGGACACCAAGUUCGAGAGCCAGAGGACUUUCUUACCCCGGCCUCGCGUUGCUGGCGAGAAGGGAGUGAAUGUCCCUCUACGCGUGAGACGUCUUGACUAGAAUCAGACAUUAGGUCUUUCAGUGUCCUUAUGGAUUAUCGCCCUUCAUUACUCAAGUUGCUAGUUUCUCGCUUUCGUUAUUUCCUAUUGUACAUCGGACAUCAAUUUAACUCAUACCUUGAUUACUUAAAAC